UCGAAGUUUACGAGGUUUCAUUUUUGUUUAUUUAUCAAUCUGGUAUCUAAUUAUUGUUCCCAACAUCAAAAAAUAAAUAAAACAUUUGAACUCGAUGAAUGGACAAAAUAAAUACUAUUUAUUAAAAGAUUUCUUACUGUAAAUACAAAGUACUGAAUAUUAUGAAAAGCAUUAAUUGUUAUGUGUAUGUUUAACAAAUGGAAAUAGAAAAUUGAAAAAAUGAAGCUGAGGUUCUUCAAAUAAUUCUGAAGUGGGAAACGUUUUAGAAAAAGAACUAUGGCAGGUGGAAGGAGAAACUUGAAUCGCUCUGGUGCAAGCCGUCAACAGCCUUUGUUUCCUUCUGAUGAUAAAUCUAAUAGGGUCAACGGCCAGAUGGAUGGAUCGAAGGUUGUAUCGCCCAAGCACAUGCCAAUGCCCUCUUUGCCACAGGACGGUAAUAUAACAUUUGAAGUUAUUAUGUUUUUCUUCACGUGUGCAGUAACUUUCCUGCAAUUUCUUCAUCUUUACCGGUCCGUGUGGUGGCUGCCCAAUUCGUACACUAAAUUUGCAAUGAAUUUUUACCUUAUUGAUCCAUAUAUUGUGGCUUUCAUAUUGACCAUACUGACAAGGAGGAUUCUGUACACGGUUCUGCGACGACUUCUUCUCGUUUGGACUCCCACACACACUUGGCCACUUGUGGAACAUAUUUUAAGACUUGUCCUUCUUUCACUGGUAGCCAGUAUCCUGGUCUGGUGCACUUAUUACAUCAUGCGGAAUCACAGAUUUGUGAAGAUCUUUUAUCUUUGUUAUCCUAUUUCAAUUUAUACAACUUUAUUCGGACUGGAUGUAAAUCCAUUUUUUGAUGUGAUGGCAUUGCCCUCUGAUUUGUGCAAUUAUAAAAAUCGAUUGAUAGGUAAACCUUUUCAUAGCUGUUCUUCUAUACCACAAGCUAUACGAGAAGAAGUUGAGACCCUCAAAACUGAUUUCAACAACAGACUAAAACAGAUAUUGUUUAGCUCAAUGUUGAAUGCUUAUUAUGCUGGUUUUGUGCCGUGCUGUUUUGCUCAGAGUUAUUUAUAUUAUGAUGUUUAUUGGACAACACAGCACUUCACAUUUGUGUGGAUUAGCUGUUUUACAAUGUACAUAGUUCAUUGUUAUCCAUUGAGCUAUUGUGAUACAUUACAUCGAGCAGCACUUCAUCUCGGGAAAUGGGGCAAGAUCGAGGGAAGAACAUGUCAUCUACCUUCUCACAUUUGGGUGGAUUCAACUUUAUGGCAGCAAGGAGUGUUUGUUAGGCAUUGCAAAGAGCUGUAUAAAUCUGUUGGUAUUUCAAAUGCAGCUGAGCCCGGAAACAACACGCACAACCGAUUUUAUUCACUAUUCAUCAACCCAUCAGUACUGCUGUGUUCAUUGGUCGCAUUCCAGCUUUCACUAGUCAUCCUUCAGUUGGCUAUUCUUAUCCGCACAUCCGAGUGGUAUCAACUGAUUUCUCUUUCAAUACUUAUUUUUGUUAAUUACUACACACUCUUCAAGCUUGGCCGAGACUAUCUUAUUUGCUGGAGGCUGUACGCUGCUGAAGCCAUGAUCCAAGACAAGUCAAAUGACAUUUGUGUCAAAUACAAGACUGGUUAAAAUUAGAAACAAAUCUUCAAAAUCUUCAAAUGCCUUGCAGUGUCAAAGGAUAAUGACGAAGGCUGUUACUUGACUGAAAUAAGUUUCCAAAACUGAAGGAAUUAAAUUUGUGUUCUUGUUGAAACGUUCUGUUCUAAGUGAAUGCUUUUAGCUUAUUAUUAUGAUCUUCAUGUAAGGGAAAAUGUACUUUUACUUGAUUGUAAAUCGAUGGAGUGAUUGUAUUAAAUGAACACCUUUUAAAUGA